GAAAGGCGGCGGCGCGGCCAUGGAGCUGGAGGAGGCGAAAGAAUUCAGAGAACGCUGUACUCAGUGCGCUGCUGUCUCUUGGGGUCUUACUGAUGAAGGCAAAUAUUAUUGUACUUCUUGCCACAACGUUACAGAAAGAUCGAAGGAGGUUUUAAGCACUGAGGCUAUUCCUAAUACGAAAAUACAAGCCAUCAACCGGGGACUGAAAAGGAAAAAGAAACCUGAGAAAGGCUGGGAUUGGUAUGUGUGUGAAGGUUUUCAGCACAUACUUUGUCAACAAGCAGAAGCCUUAAAGACCCUGGGAGUCAGCCCAGAAUUUAAGAAUCAAGUUCUACAUAAGUUCUGGAAGCGCUACCUUCAGAAGAGCAAGCAGGCGUACUGUGAGAACCCAGUGCACACCAGCAGGAGGAGAGCCACGGUCUUGGGAGAUGAUCCAAGUCAUUCAGACUGGGGGAGUGAGCCUGAGCUGCUGAGUGACUUCAGCUGCCCUUCUUUUGCUGGAAGUGGCGCAGAGUCUCAGUCUGAUGGCCGCACUCGGAAGCCUUUCCCCAGCGGCACAGCCUCACAGUCAGAAAUGGCAUCCAUCUGUUCUGGAUCUCUUGACGGAGUGGAUUACUCUUUACGGAAGGAGAAGGGGAUUGUGAAGAUGACCCUGCCAGCCACGCUCGCUUUCUGCUAUCUGUCGUUGCUGUGGCGGAGGGAGACGCUUACCCUCUCAGAUCUGCUGAGAUUUGUUGAAGAGGGCCAUAUUCCAUACAUAAAUGCUUUUCAGCAUUUUCCAGAAGAGAUGAAAUUGUAUGGGCGUGACAAAGGAAUCUUUGCCAUAGAGUCUUGGCCUGACUAUGAGGAUAUCUAUAAAAAAAUGAUCGAAGUUUCCACAUUUUUGGAUCUGCCUCGUUUCCCAGACAUAACUGAGGACUGCUAUCUUCACCCAGACGUGUUGUGUAUGAAGUACUUGAUGGAAGUCAAUCUCCCAGAUGAAAUGAACAAUUUCACCUCCCAAGUGGUAAAAAUGGCUGGAAUAGGAGAGGUGGAUUUUCUGACAUUUGAUCCCAUAGCUAAAAAGGAAAAAACUGUUAAAUAUGAUGUGCAAGCUGUCGCCGUCAUUGUAAUAGUAUUGAAACUGCUCUUUUUAUUGGAUGACCAUUUCGAAUGGUCUUUAUCUGCUAUUGCUGAAGAAUACAAUGAAGAGAACAAAGAAGAUAAGCCAUGGUUUGAUUUCAGAAAAUGGUACCAAGUUAUGAAGAAAUCUUUUGAUGAGAAAAAACAAAAAUGGGAGGAAGCCAGGGCAAAGUUCGUGUGGAAAAGCGAGAGACCCCUGUACCACUCCUCCAUCGACAGAUCAGUGGUGUGCAAGAGACGAGACAUGGUGGUGAAUCUACAGAAGCAGUUCAGCGCACUGGUCGAUCCAACACCAACUAAUGCAGAGCACAGCCCUUCGAGCUUUCAGUUCAGCUGGACUGAGGACGACCCCGGCCGGACGUGUUUCCACGGCCACAGUCUCCAGGGGGUCCUGCAGAGGGGAGGCCGGUCGCUCAGAGCCCUGAACUCGCUGUACUGGCUCAGCACACAGAAGUUCUGUAAAAGCUACUGCAAACAUGUGACAACCUAUGAGGAGUCCAACUUCUCCCUGAGUUACCAGUUUGUGCUGGGUUUCUUCUCCUUCCUGCUGAGAAUAGAGACCUACUUCCUCCACGAAGAAGUGAGCUUAAUCGAAAAGAGACUUUUUAAAGCAAAAUACAGUAAAGCAAAAAAGAAAUCUUCAAGAUCCAGGAAAGUGAGAAAAAUAAAAUAGAAACUGUCUUGGGAAAGUAUUUUAAUAGUGACAGUAAUGUUAAAUUGUAAAAUAACAUUCCAGAGAACUGUGGAAAAUGGAAUUUUUUU